AUGGGGGUUCUGGGAGUGCUGUUGGGGGUGCUGAGCCUCCUGGGAGUGGUUCUGGGGGGUUCUCCUGCCCUCCACUGGGACAGCACCUUUUGCCACUUGGCCAGGCCCAUCCCUGGCAGCCCCUUGGGGUCCCUGAGUUUCUUGGGCAAGGACGCCCAGAGACUGGCCCUGUUCCACGCCUACUGGGAUGGGCACGGGAAGCUGCAAGCAUGUAGCCGGCAAGAUGAGCCAGAGCUCACUGCAGCCUUCAGUGUCCUCUGUGCUGAUGAGAUCACCCGGGGCUCCUUCAUCCACAUCCCUGGGCCUGAGCUGCAGAGAGCCCUGGCCAACCUUCGGAGUCAGUGGGAGGCCUGCCAAGGGCCUGAUGGGAGUCCAGCAGGGGCAAGGAAGAAGCGAGCAGCAGGACAGAGUGGAGUACCUGUCCUGCGGGGAAAGAGAGGCUGGACCAUGCCUGGCACGCUGUGGUGUGGAGUCGGGGACUCUGCUGGAAAUUCCUCGGAGCUGGGGGUCUUCCAUGGCCCGGAUCUCUGCUGCCGAGAACAUGACCUCUGCCCACAGAACAUCUCGCCUUUCCAGUACAACUAUGGCAUCCGAAACUACCGAUUCCACACCAUCUCCCACUGCGACUGUGAUGCCAGGUUCCAGCAAUGCCUGCAGAACCAGCAGGACUCCAUCUCCGACAUCGUUGGCAUGGCUUUCUUCAACGUGCUGGAGAUCCCCUGCUUUGUGCUGGAGGAGCAGGAGGCGUGUGUGGCGUGGUACUGGUGGGGCGGGUGUAGAAUGUAUGGCUCCAUACCCCUCGCCCGCCUGCAGCCUAAGACCCUCUACAAUGCCUCCUGGAGCUCUUCGGCCACUACCCUGACUCCUAGCCCCCAGAGCCCAGCCCCCAGCAAGCUGAGACAGAAGCAGCACCCUCGGAAGUGGCUGCCACAGAGGAAAGCGUCCCAGCACCCCAACAAAGCCAACGCCACAGCCCUUCAGGCCCCCGUGGCCUCCCUCAGGUCUGAUAUGGCCCCCACAGCCCAGUUGGAGGUCACCCAUCCAGGCCUCCAGGGGCCACGGGGUGGCCUAAACUACCAGGGCGUCCGCCAGGCCUGCCGCAGCUUCCGCCAUCUAGACCAGUGUGAGCACCAGAUUGAGCCCCAGGAGACCAAGUUCCAGCUACUCAAUAGUGCCCCAGAGCCCCUCUUCCAUUGCGACUGCACACGCCGACUGGCACGCUUCCUGAGGCUCCAUAGCCCACCUGUGGGCAACAACGUGCUUUGGGAGCUGCUGGGCACAACCUGCUUCAAGCUGGUUCCUCCAUUGGACUGUGCUGAGCACAAAGGCUGUUCCAGGGGCCCUAAGGCCAUCAAGGUGUCAGCUAGGCACUUGCGGCGACUUCAGCAGAGGAGACUCCAGCUCUGGGGUACAGGCACAGAUGAGGAGCAGGCACGGCCUUCGGAGCACCCAAGGGCCCCCAUGUCAUUCUAUGACUGGUGCCUGCAGCUGACCCAGGCAGCCUGAGAACCCAGAGAGCAGCAGAAAUUCUGGAAACAAUGACUUCAGUUCCAGCUUUCUUGGGCACCAGAUGAUCUUGCCCCUGGCUUUGCUAGGCCUGGGGGUCUCAGUCUCUUCUUCCUGUGUUAGAUUGAAGCAUGGCCCAGGCUUUUGCGGACAGCCAGAAGGCUGGAUUGGGGAGAGGAGGGCCAAGGCCCAAAUGCUAGACUAUAGCUCCUGCUGUGCUGGGUGAUCUUGGGCUGGCAUACAAACCCUCUGUGCAUGGAUGUGGUGUUCAGAAGGCUCAUUCUGAUGCCCUAGGCUUGUACCUUGCCAGGGAACUUUACUCCAGAUGGGAAUAGGGAGGGGGUAACUAAUUGCAGCGGGCCUAGGAGGUACCAGGAGAAAGUGUAUUUUAAGUCCAUGCUGCAAAGUGAAUACAUGUGUCAAGGUCAUGCCCAGGGAAGAUCGAGUACCUGGGGCAUCAGGUAAAAUAGGGAAUGAGGGAUGCCACAGAAGUGCCUGUGUCUAAACCCAAGAUGGGGGGCACUAGAGGGACUUCACAAUUCUCUUCCUCCCAGGGGGAAUCCCUUCUCUUCUAACAGCUGCUGUGUCUUUCCUGGCCCAGCCUUGGCCUACUCUUCCUGCCCUAAACCUAAAUGCACAGCUCCUCUGUGCCCCUGAACAAGGAACAUCCCUCCCCAACUCUAAGCCUUUGUUUUCUCCUUACAAAAGAGAAGAGUAAACAGGACCUACCUCAUAGGGUCCUUGAAGAUUAAGUGAACCAAUCCUUGAAGAUUAAGUGAACCAACCAUGGAUAGCUCUUAGGACCUACUAAAUAUUCCCUCCCUCCAGCACACAACCAAACUGUACUUAGGUCUGAUUUUGAGAGGCUCACACAACGCUUUGGAGGCCUCAGUUUGCUUACCUGUGAAAUGAAGCUAAGAACUACACCGAACUCAACACCACAAUUCAGGGUUGUAGUACAGAUUAAAG